CUCCACACACUUCUUUCUGUUGCCUUAUCCCUUUCUUUCCCUUCAUUUCCAAACAAAUCCUCAGUUCAUGAAACCAUAAUAUCUCAGACUCCGUAGUACUGCUCAUCAGUACUACUCACACCAUGGCUCUCAAAUUUGCCUUCAACUCAUCAAGACCCUUCAUUCCAAUUUCUUCCUUAUCCUCUUCUCCUGAUGCCUCUGGAAUCCACUUGACUCAGUUCAAUGGCCACCACUUGCGCCUCCGGCGCCGCCGUGGUGUGCUCGUACUCCCCCGCAAGGCCACCGCCGACCAACAACCUUCAGGCAAGGUUGAAGAAAAAGAAAAUGAAGAAGUUGUCGUUGAUGGUAAAAUCCUCCCUUAUUGCAGCAUUGACAACAAAGAGAAGAAAUCAGUCGGCAAACUUGAACAAGAAUUUCUCCAAGCACUGCAAGCAUUUUACUAUGAAGGGAAGGCUAUUAUGUCGAAUGAGGAAUUUGAUAAUCUGAAGGAAGAACUUAUGUGGGAAGGAAGCAGCGUUGUCAUGCUAAGUUCUGAUGAACAAAAGUUUCUGGAAGCUUCUAUGGCUUAUGUUUCUGGAAAUCCAAUCAUGAGUGAUAAAGAGUUUGAUAAUUUGAAGCUGAGGCUAAAGAUGGAAGGAAGUGAAAUUGUUGUCGAGGGUCCACGGUGCAGCCUUCGAAGUAGAAAGGUUUACAGUGACUUGUAUGUUGACUACUUAAAGAUGCUCUUGCUGAACGUCCCAGCGACUGUCAUUGCAUUAGGAUUGUUCUUCUUCGUUGAUGAUCUGACUGGAUUUGUGAUCUCAGAUCUGAUAGCGAUUCCAGAGCCUUUCAGCUUCAUUCUUACUUGGUUUGCUGCUGUUCCCUUCAUUCUGUGGCUAGCUCAGGUUCUCACCAACGCAAUUGUAAAAGACUUCCUGAUUUUGAAGGGCCCUUGUCCAAACUGUGGUGCAGAAAACACCUCCUUCUUUGGGACCAUAUUGUCAAUUUCAAGUGGAGGCUCUUCCAACACUGUGAAAUGCACCAACUGUGACACCCAAAUGUUGUAUGAUUCUAGCACAAGAUUGAUUACAUUACCAGAAGGAAGUAAUGCCUGAGCAGAGUGUUUCCGUCCACAAAAAAAAAAGAAAAAGAAAAAAGAAAAAAGUGUCUGUCAACAGUGUUGCUGUAUCAUACUCAACGUUGCUGCAACUAAAGGAGCUAAAUUAUAGAAGCUAUACUUCGAUUUGAAGUUGAUGAACUUGUCAAGUUAUGAAGCUCUCAAGGUCUUAUGCGAAAGACUUUUUUUUUUUUUUUUGGGGGGGGGGGGGGGCGCCAAAAUACG